CAUCAGCAAUCGAACGCAAGGAAGAAACAACAUGAAUGUCCCCAAUGUUUCAAAACCUUUGCUGCACCUUCCGCUCUUGCAAUUCAUCAACGAACACACACAGGAGAAAAGCCCCAUCAUUGUUCUCAGUGUGGAAAGACUUUUAGUCAAAUGGGUAGUCUCAAGACACACCAGAGUGUCCAUAGUGGAGAAAAGUCAUAUCAUUGUUCUCAGUGUGGAAAGACUUUUAGUCACAUGUGUAAUCUCAAGGAACACCAGAAGAUCCAUACUGGAGAAAAGCCAUAUCAGUGUACUACAUGUGGGAAGGGUUUCAGGACUAGCAGAGAACUUCCCAUCCACCAGAUGACACAUACUGGGGAAAAGCCAUAUCAGUGUUCUCAGUGUGGAAAGACCUUCAGUGCAGCAGGUGAUCUCAAUAGACACCAUAGAAUCCAUACAGGUGAAAAGCCCCAUCAGUGUUCUCAGUGUGGAAAGACUUUUAAUCAUAUGAGUAAUCUCAAGGAUCACCUGAAGAUCCAUACUGGAGAAAAGCCAUAUCAUUGUUCUCAGUGUGGAAAGACUUUUGGUAGAAUGGGUCAUCUCAAGACACACCAGAGGGUCCAUAGUGGAGAAAAGUCAUAUCAUUGUUUUCAGUGUGGAAAGGCCUUUACUCAAAAGGGUGAUCUCAAGAAACACCAGAGAAUCCACACUGGGGAAAAGCCAUACCAUUGUUCUCAGUGUGGAAAGACCUUUACUCAAAUGGGUGAACUGAAGAGACACCAGAUGAUCCACACUGGAGAAAAGCCAUACCAUUGUUCUCAGUGUGGGAAGUGCUUUAAUGCCAAAGGCAAUCUCAAGACACAUCAGAAAGUACAUACUAGAGUAGCUCACACCUAACCACCCAUUAGAUCAUGGAUGAAAGGGGAAAGCCUUAUCAGUGUCUUCAGUGUGGAAAGGCCUUUAAUAGAAUAUCUAGUCUCAAGGUAAAUCAGAAAAUACAUCCUAAAGGCCUCAUCCAUGCAGUACACAAAAAAAGCGCAAUGUUCAUCAGAGGACGCAAGCAGGAGAACAGGCUUACCGGACAAAAACCUUACAAAAAUACUUGAUCUAUGCAAAGACUGAAAAAAA